AUGGAGAAGCGGCGUCGCGCGGGUCCGUCGCGGCAGCUGUCGUUGCAGGGCUGCGCCGCGGGCCGCCGCCCUCAGUUGCUGCGGCGCCAGCGGUCCGAGGAGGCGGCGGGGGUGGCGGCGGCCCUCAGCGUGAAGGCGAACGCCAUCCCGCCCCCGCACCAGCCGCACGCGCCGCCCGCCGUGCGCGUGGCCUGGGCGCACGCGCCGCUGCCGCAGCUGCAGCUGCACGACUCGCUGCUCUUCUCGCGGCAGCAGCUGGCCGAGCGUCUGCGGCGCGCGUGGCGCGAGCGGGAAGUGCGCCGCCCCAACCUGGACAUCUUCCUGGCGCACCAGCCGCCGCAGGCCCGCAGCCCCAUGCUGGUCGCACGCAGCGCCAGCUUCGUCGCCAGGCAGCCGCGCGCCGACAGCCCCGCCACGGCGCGCAACGAAAGCCCGUCCCCGUCGCCGCAGGCGCGCAUCCUCGCCGGCGAAGGCGCCGCGAAGACCGGCUGCAUCCCGCAGUUCUCGCCGGCCGUUGCCGCCGAGAAGGGCGGCGGCUUGUUCAGGGCGCAGCGCAAGGGCAACCUCACGCCCGAGUGCCCGUCUCCGCUGGGCGGCAGCAGCCCGCUGGUGCAGGCUCGCAACUCGCGGAAUGCCAGACUGAGCGAGCUGCAGCUGGCUCUCGUCGACAGAGAGGUCGCCGUCGGCCGCAGGACGCCCGAGUGCCAGUCGCCGCUGGGUGGCAGCAGCCCCUGCCUGCAGUUCAAGAGGCUGCCGGCCAAGGUGGGGGAUCUGCAGCUGCCCUCUUCGGGAAGAAACAGUCCGCGCACGCCUGACAACCAGAGCCCUUUCAGCUGCAGCCCACUGGUCCCGAGGACCCCCCGGAGCGUCCACAAGAUCGCGUCCGACCUGGAGUCGUGCUCCUCCGGCAGGAGUAGUCCCCAGACCGUACCGCGGAAGCCCGCGCGGCCGGCGGACUUGCCACUGGUCGCGGACGCGAGGAGUUCUCCGCUCUUCUCGCCGAUCGCUGGCAGCGUAUUCGGCGACGCCUUCGAUUUCCUCUCGUCUUCGACCUGUAGCAGUCCGGUGACUCCCAGGAACUGCCCACUCCCUGAGAGACCGGCAGAUCCCAGUGUAGCUGCCGAGUCUCCGGAAGAUCACCCACUCACGGACAGGUACAGCCCGGCCAACGAACUGCCGACACGUCCGGCCUCCGUAAAUCUGUCUGUGGACCUGACCAGCUUCGACGUGCGAGACCCGUCCGACUUUUCCAAUCGCUCGUCUGUCGACAGCGACACAGACACAAAGGCGACUGUCGAGUGUGGCACACAACUAUCAGCACAGGCUUCACAGGAGCUGCCGGCAGACUCGCCGGCUGGUGGGUCUGGAGAUGACGUGUAUGGGGCAGGUGCAACACAGAAGCUCGAUGUCGGGGCGACUGCUACUGUAACACAGGACCAGAAUUCUGCAAAGGACGAGAAAGACGACGCUGCAGUUCACAGUGUGGCGAUCUCAGCAAGCGAGCAGAUUCCCUGCUUAACGGCUGUCGUUCCUGACAAGUUCCUCGCCGAAGUCAGUGCACGGCUCACCAGCGUCGCUGAGAAACAGGUGCUGGACGCACGCCAGAAGGAGAUCGCAGCGCGCAGCCUGGGCCUGUGUGGUCGCCCGACCACUGCAGCGGCUCGUCGCGCCAGCUUCCGCAGCACCGGCCACCAGGCGCGCGUCCUCGACGCCGACGCCGCUGGAGACGCCGACGCGCCGCCCUGCACGCCGCCCAAGACGCCGCAGGCUCCGCCUCAGCAGCAGCCGCAGCCCCAGCUGCAGCCGCCACCGCCUAAGCCCAAGCCGCAGCUGCAGACACAGGGGCAGCCCAAGCCGCAGGCACAGGCCUCUCAAAAGCCACUGCCGGUGCCGACGCCGCCCCCACAGCAGCGGCCGCCGCCCAAGCAGGCCCUGGCGCGCUCGCUGUCCGCCCCCUCCAACAGAGCGCAGCUGCAGCCUCGGCCCCCGCCUGCCCAGCCGCCAGCGCCAACCCACACGGCUCAACCGCCCCCACCGCCACAGCCGAGGGGCAUACUUGUCAGGAGGCCUCCCCACCACGGCAGCAGCGUCGAUGUCAGCUCCAAGACGGCGGAAGAGAUGGCCCAGGGCACGGCUCGCGUCCGCUUCGAGCGCAGCGUCAAGUCCGCCCCCGCGCGCCGCCGCCUCCGCACGGCCAAGCUGCGGCUGGCGCGCCCCCGCGGAGACGAAGACUCCUCCGACGAGGUGGCCGACGGCGACGGCGACGCCGAAAAGCGCUCGCAGCUCGCCCCGCCGUCUGCGGCGGAACCGGCGGCGCGGGAGGCGGCCGCGGACGCCAAGAAGGCGGGGGGCGGGCGCCGCGGCGGUGCCAGGGGCAGCGUCGACGUCGUCACCAUGGUGUCGCUGCUCAGCCCCGAGCACAGCGACGCCGACGACAGCGACGGGCCCGCCGCCGCGGCUGCCUUCCUGGCCGCCACGCCCCGCGGCUGGCUGGAGCACGCCGCCGCCGCCGCCGCCGUCGCCACCGCCGCCGCUGCCACGCCCGCGGCUGCCGACGCCGCCCCCGCACAGUCCGCGUCCCAGGCAGACGUCGGAGCGUCGUCUACCGCCUCUUCGGCUGGCGCGUCCCUGCAGCCGACGCGCGUCGUCUGCCUUCGAAAGUCUCCCAAAGCGGUUACUGUAGACGUAAUUCUUGGGACGGCAACUUUCCAGCUAGGUGUGUACUUGGAGAGGCUGCUGAGCUCACAUUUUGUGAAGAGCAUUCACUGCAUCCUUCAUCAGUGGAAUUAA